CAGAGAGAGAGUGAGACAGGCACCAGAUAGAGUGAGUGAGAAUGAUGACUUUCGCUGUCUCUUUCCUUCCAACCCAUAGCUUCUUCCAGGGUGAUGAUCUCACCAUGUCGGUGCACCGAAUCCUUAUGGAGAGAAUGGCUGAAGCCCGGCAGCUGCUUGAGAGGGCGGAGGCACUUGCCUGUUCCCGGAAGGACGGCGUGCAGGGAGGUCCCAAACUCUGCAGCAAACUGAAGGCAGAGCUCAAGUUUCUGCAGAAAGUGGAACUGGGUAAGGUGUCUGUGAAGGAAUCGCACCUGCAGAGCACGAACCUCACCCACCUGAAGGCGGUGAUCGAGUCUGCCGAGAGCCUGGGCGAUGUGGUCAGUUUGCUGCAUGUCUUCAACUAUCGGGACCGUGCCGGGGAGAAGCAAUGCCUGGUGGUGGAUGUGGUGGCCAACAGCGGUCACACGUGGGUCAAAGCAAUUGGCCGAAAAGCCGAGGCGCUGCACAGCAUCUGGGUGGGCAGAGGGCAGUACGGAGACAAGAGCAUCAUAGAGCAAGCGGAAGACUACCUGGAGGCCAGCAAACAGCAGCUGGUGCAGUACAGCAAUCCGCACAUUGUGUUUGCGUUUUACAACAGUGUUUCGAGCCCCAUGGCAGACAGACUGAAGGAAAUGGGGCUCUCUGUGCGAGGGGAUAUUGUCGCGGUGAAUUCGAUGAUGGAUCUGGUGGAGGAAGCUGGUGAGAAUUUGAGUGACUCUGAGGAAGAUCUAGAGGAGCCUCUGUGUGUGACUAAAGUCGAUCGCUCAACAAUCGUCGCCAGCGUUGCUUUCCCGACUGACGUUAAGGUGGAUUUCUGUAAUAGAGUCAACCUAGAUAUCACAACCUUAAUCACCUUUGUUUCGGCUGUCAGUCACGGGGGCUGCGACUACAUUUUUAAAGAGAAAGUGUUGACAGAACAGGCUGCACAGGAAAGGGAGGAGAGUGUGUUACCCAAACUACAGGCCUUUAUGAAGGGUAAGGAACUAUUUGCGUGUCAGUCAGCAGUGAAGGAUUUUCAAGCCAUUUUAGAUACAUUGGGUGGACAGGGGGAGAGGGACCGAGCACAGAAACUGCUCCAGAGAAUCUCAGUUGUACCAGACCAACCUUCUGAAUAUGCCUUGAGGCUGGAAGCUAGUGCAAAAAUCAACACUCGUUCUAUUACUAUCUUUGGCACUGGAGACACUUUAAAGGCAAUAACCAUGACUGCAAACAGUGGGUUUGUUAGAGCCGCAGGUAACCAAGGAGUUAAAUUCAGUGUGUUUAUCCAUCAACCAAGAGCUUUAACAGAGAGCAAGGAACCAACUGCAGCUCCUUUACCAAAGCACGACGCAUCUUCAUGAGAUAGAAACAGGAGACGUGCAUUCAUCUGAUUUGUAAAUGUAAAGACCACAAAUCUAAAGUGGGAACCCCAUGCCAUUGAUAACAAUAAAUGAAUAUUCGGAUUGGAA